UUUAAGUUGGUACUUAAAUUUAAGUUGCAACUUUAUUAGUUUCGACUUAGUUGCUGGACUAUGAAUACGCGCCAUGUAAAUUUUGAGGCGAAUUAAGAUUUGACAUAACUCCAGCACAUGAUCCAAUUAUUAAAGAUCACGACGCUUUGAUGUCCGCCAUCUUGUAAAUGAAAACAGCUGACGGCUGUGACGUCAUCCGUACCAAUCGAAAUUUCUUUACAUUUUGAUAAACGUGCGAGUUGAAUACGGAGCGAAAUUAUUUUUGGCGACUGUGAAAUUUAAGUGUAACAUAAGUGGGAUAUCUUUGAAGUAUGAAGUGCGCAGUUGCUAAUUGCAAUAAUUUCCAAAAAACCAAAGGGAUGGGGUUUCACUGCUUUCCAAAAGACGAACUUCUUUUGAGGCAAUGGGUGCAUUUUUGCCGGCAAAGCGUAAACCCAAAAGUGGCAAGAAUUUGCAGCGAGCAUUUUCUACCUGAGGAUUUUGAAAGGAGCCUCCAAGUUGAAAUGGGUAAGAAAUUGGUCUUUGCAUAUAAGUCCAUUGAUAACAAUGACAUUGCAGGAUUUUCCAAAUUCAAGGGUGUAAAGUCAGGAGCUGUUCCGACGGUGAAAAGCAAUAAAGCCUCGACAUCAGAUGCAUCGCGGCGUAGCCGGGUCUUAAAGAGAAGUAACAAAAAAAUGGUCACUGACUUACUCAAGAAUCAACAAGAGAAUAUAUCGCCGAAUGUGUCUUAUUCAACUGCAAAUGUUCAAGAUGAAAUCCCGAUUCCAGAUUUUUCUACUUCCGAGGAUAUUAUUAAGCAACAAGAGCAAGAAAUUGAAGGUCUAAAGUUGGAAAAUGUUCGCUUGCGUGAGUCAUCCGCUAACCAGCUAGAUAAAGGCCCCUAUUAUGAGUUGCAUUCGAUUUUCGACUGUGGUCGAAAGUGCUGAGCGAACG